UGUUGAUCAUGCUGGGUGCGAUGAUGUAUCCCGGCGCAGAGGACGAGCUCGGUGAAAUGCGCGUACCCCCGAUUCAGCUCGAACAUCUACCAGAAGUGUUUCUAUCCAGUAUACCAAAAUGUGGUGGAUGUCAUGAAAUGAUAGUAGACCGGUACGUGUUGAAAGUAUCCGAUCGCACUUGGCACGCGGGUUGCCUCCGCUGUGUGGAGUGCAGGGCUAUGCUCUCUGGGAAAUGUUUCGCGAGGAACAACCAGCUAUAUUGCACUGAAGAUUUUUUCAAGCGGUUCGGUACGAAGUGUGCUGGUUGCGGUCAAGGCAUCCCUCCGACGCAAGUGGUACGACGUGCGCAGGCGCACGUUUACCACCUCAGGUGUUUCGCGUGUGCAGCGUGCGCGCGUACUCUUAAUACUGGAGAUGAAUUCUAUCUAAUGGAAGACGGAAAGCUUGUAUGUAAGCCUGACUAUGAAGCGGCGAGAGCGAAAGGUGAAGGUUCCAUAGACGGCGAUGCAGCUAGCAAACGGCCGCGGACUACUAUUACUGCUAAGCAGUUGGAAACACUUAAAAGUGCCUACAGCAGUAGUCCUAAACCAGCUCGGCACGUAAGGGAGCAACUUGCUCAAGAUACCGGCCUAGACAUGCGUGUCGUUCAAGUUUGGUUCCAAAAUAGGAGAGCGAAAGAGAAGAGAUUGAAGAAGGACGCAGGACGAACUCGUUGGUCGCAAUACUUUAGGUCAAUGAAAGGGGCGGGUGGAGGUUCUCCGAGGCACGACCGGCUCCUUGACAAGGAUGAACUGAAAAUCGACUUGGACUCUUUCAGCCACCACGAGUUAAGUAACGACAGCUACAGCACCGCAGCUCUGGGUGGGGAGGAAGGAUCGCCAGCGGGUGGCGCGUCGAGUGCCCGCUUCGGUGCCACACCGCCUUACCUGCGUGCUCACUCACCCCCACACGCGCAUUAUCACUACCCACCAGACCACCUUGUAUACACUAAUAUUGGCCAAUCAAUGGGCGGCGCUGGCUUGGGUGCAGGAGCGGGAGGUGCAUCAGACAUGAGUAGCUCGUCUUCUCCAGCUGCUGGAGGAUAUCCUGACUUCCCUCCUUCCCCUGACUCUUGGCUCGGAGAGUCUCACCAUUACUCCCCGCGAGGCUAUCCCUAGCGGCGGCCACCUCCGGCGCACGCGCAGCCCGCGCCCCCGCCGCUCCCCGCACCCUGCCCUCCACAAGUGGUUGGAGUGCAACCGCUCGAGUUAGUCGUCAAGCGUGAGCUGUGAUUCACAUGAAUCUAAAAAGCUAUUACAAACACAAAUAAAUGACAAAACGAAGCUGUUGAGUGUAAAUUGAACCAGUGAUUAUCUAAAUUGAAAAACUUUAAUUCAAGUUAUUUAUAUGAUAUGAAAAACAUUUCGAAUGGAUAAUAUUGUCCAGCAAAAGAAAUUAACAUUGUGUAUAUCAUCUCGGAUAAUUUUAAAUAACAUAAGCUUAAUCUGUAAAUAACUGUUAUCAUACAAUUUGUGAUCGCAAGUCUAAACGCCUAAAAUAGCAAUUAACUAUGUAAAUAAUUUCAUUAGUAGGACGUAUUUGACAGUAUAUUGUAAGAAUUUUGCAGACUUAAUAAGAAUCUGAUUAUAUUUUAUUGACAAUUGUAAUUAAUAUAACUCUUCUUUCAAAUUAGUCGAUAUAAAAUUAUAUGUUUGUGUAAUCAAAUCGAUAUUAUUGUACAUACAGUUAAUGUAAUUAUUACUUUAGAAUAGCACUUUCAUAAGGCCAUAGUGAUAUAAUACUUCGUGCAAAAAAUUCUAGUCGAAAAAUAAAUGGUAUAUUAAUAAUAACACAUAAUACGAUAA